AUGGCUCCCCACGCGAACAAACCUACGACCAGUAUCGAAGCGAACUCUACAUCCGUCACUGAGGGGUCAACGGCUCUUCAUGCCUUCCUAGCUCUUCAUCCCGGCAUCUCCUUUCUCCGUUGCCAGUGGCAGGAUUAUUCGGGCGUCGUGAGAGCGCGCAUUGUCCCAAUCGAGCAUGCAAUAUCGAUCGCUGCUGAAAAGAGGCAGCUGCAUGUACCGGCUUGUGCAUUUCAACUGACCGUGAGUAACGACAAUACUCCUACGAUGGACCCGAGGGGAAACCAUAGGCUGGUUCCAGACUGGACCUCCUUGUACACGCAACAUGGCUUGGACCCCGACUAUGCCACCGUCAUGUGCCGCGUCGUUGAAUUUCUUCCGACGCCGCCUGAGCCAAACUGGAACUACUGCCCUCGUACCGCUCUACAGACGGUGGUUGCGAAGGCAGAGAAGCUGCUUAACGUGCAUUUCCUCGUUGGGUUUGAAGUCGAAUUCCAGGUCUUGAAACUCUCGGCCGAUGGGACACUGGGACCUCACAGCACUGGCCUGGGUCGCUGUGCUAUAUCCGGACUCCGCGAUCCAUGUUUCCCCCAUGUCAAGGAGAUCGUUAAGAUACUGCUAGACGCCGGUGUGGGCGUCGGCGCCUUUCAAACGGAGGGAGACCGAGGGCAGUACGAAAUCGCCCUCGAGCCUCAGUCUCCCAUUCGCGCCGUGGACGAACUGAUCCUAGCCCACGAUAUCAUCAAGUCCUUCUUUGCCCGGCAUGGACUGGUAGCCACCAUGGCGCCGAGGCCGGUGGUGUCGGACAAACAGGCUGCAGGUCAACACACCCACAUCUCACUCAACCCACCCAAAAAUGAAGCCUCGUUCCUGGCAGGCAUGCUCCGUAGGCUUCCUGAGCUAUGUUCCUUUUUUCUCCCGUAUGACUUGUCGUACGAGCGUGUGCAGCCAUACCUUGCGGGACAUAUUGUGGCAUGGGGAUCUGAGAACCGCGCAGUCCCAAUACGUCAGAUAAAGACUGGUCACUGGGAGUUGCGUUGUGUGGACGCUACAGCUAAUAUGUACCUUGCUCUAGCGGCCGUAAUAAGUGCUGGUACAAUGGGAUGCAUCAACGAGGAGCCGUUACUGUGGCCGGACACGGGUUUAAUCGCAGAACACUUUCCUACGGCUGGUACAGAACCUUUCCCUAAGAGCGUUGCAGCGGCCCUGGAGCGGUUAGAAAAGACCUCUGAUAGCUUCCAAGAAUUCAUGGAGAGCCAGAUUGUCCGGCACUAUAUUGUUGUCAAAAGAUUUGAGGCGUCUCUUCUCCGGGAUAGGUCUCCCGAGGCAAAUCGACAGAUGCUAAAUGAGAUUUUCUAG